GUAUGCUCGCUUGAGUCGGUUGCAGGUGGGUCCGUCCCCUUAAGUUUUUCCCAUCUAGCGUUAGUGAUAUUUUCAAGCAUUUAGCCUACUCAAGAACCCCCUUUGAAACAAGCGAACCCCCUUUGAAACAAGCGAACCCCCUUUGAAACAAGCUACUGUAACAACGUUGUCACCCGCAGUAUUUCGGAUGGAAUCGCGAUUCAAACAGUACCAUCUGCUAACUGAAAAUAUGCCCCCAAAAACGUAAAUAAGCUUUACAUCUAUUUAGGGAGAAAUGGCUAAUUCAAAAGAAGGCUAGCCAAACUUGACUGAGGGAGGGGAUUGUUUUUAAGCGCCGGAAAUGAGAAUGUUUCUUUUGACAUAAAGUUUAGGCUGUGGCACUGAAGCCAGCGACGCACCACACAAGCUUGAGUUUAAAUACAUUCUUUAAUGUGACAUUACUUACUGUACAUGCAAGUCUUGAUUUGCUUAAAUGUACAUGUAUGCUGCUAGUAGUACACCACGGCACGAUACGAUACUCGCUGUGCAACAGCACAUCAAUCCACGCGUCGUUGCUAACGUGUGCUGACGUGGUGACGUAGCUAGCACUGAUUACCCUUCGUUGACUAAAGGCACUUUUUGCCACAAAAACGUUGUAACCUCCUAAACCGUGCAACGGAACGUAAAUUAAAAUACAAGCAACGCAAUCGAGACCAAGACAACAUUUUGACACAGGCGUUGUCUAUGUAGUCCAUAUAUUUACUGAUCCUUAGGGGGGCGAAAAUAAACAAUAAUAUAUAUGUAAGAGAACAAUGGUGAGGCGUUAGCACACCCAACUUCAAGAAGUUCCUCUGCUUUACUCGCUUCAUGCUCUGGGUCAGCAGGUCCUGCUUCCACAUCGUCAAGCUAAAAUGUCUCUCACCAACUCCCUAGAAAGUUCAUGAAGAUCCUCCAUCGUCUCUAUCCAGGCACUCUACUUCAGACCAACGCAAUGUAUCAGACUAGAUUCGCGCUAGCCCCACCCACUGACUUUGAUGGGCGAGUUUGACAGAUAACACAAUAGGGGAUUAUCACGCUUCCGGGUUUCAUGGGCGGGAUUUGUCAACUUUGUGCAUGUCCACUUCCGGCGCAGUUCAACAAUGGCUGAAACGAAGGCUAGAUGUCACUGCUCUGUUCCACUUUGUAAAUCGAACAAACAACGCCAACCCUACUUAAGUUUCCAUGGAUUCCCGACUGAAUUGAGUCUAAGGAAGAAGUGGAUUAAAGCGGUUCGCCGGGAUGAGGGGCCAAACUUUAAAAUAAAACAAGGUAGCACGUUUGUUUGUAGCCGGCACUUUAGUGAAUCAGACUACACUAACGCUACAGGUAGUGCUAGCAGGCUAGCGUUAGCUGACGUGGCUAACUUUACCAACCGAGGUCGCAUCAAGCGUCUGCAAAUCGGUUCUGUGCCCUCCCGUUUCCAGUGGAACAACUGGGGACUGCCAAGAAGGGAGUCUGCUUAUAAAAGAGCAUCAACUCGCUUAGGCCAUGACGUUUGUCCAGCCCUUCCUCUGGAGCAGCCCCUACCAUGUGAGGAAGAGGCGAUGGAGGAGGUCGCAGCUUCGGUGGUGAUGACAGAACAUGAUUACGGUUCUGCUCUUAAACCAGGUGCACUGGAUGCUGCUGCUGCACACAUACAGCAACUGGAAGACAAAAUCAAGGAGCUGACAACAGAGCUGUCACAGCUGAAAGUGGGUGAAGUGCAUUUUCACCGAUUUUGUGUCUCAGACAAGGACAUCCUUUUUUUACACAAGAUUCACGUCAAGAUAUGUUUUUUGUCACUUCUGGGAGGCAAUUCAACCAUCUGCCUCCAUGGUGGUUUAUUGGUCGAAAGCUCAGAAAAAGGGACAAACAUUUGAACCCAUUUCUCCCAGUCCAACGCGUAGGCUGCAACUGGUUGAUGAGUUUUUUCUUUUCUGCUGCAGAGUUGCUGCAGGCCUGCAAGAGAAGGUGCUGGCUGACAUGUUUCAGGUCAGUGUGUCCACUGUCUCCCGUGUUGUUAUAACGUGGGCCAACUACCUUUACCUGCUCCUUGGCUCCCUUCCCAUCUGGAUGAGUAAACAGCAAGUCAAGAACACCAUGCCAAGCAAAUUUGUGCAGUACAGUCCAGAUGUUCGGGUAAUCAUCGACUGCACCGAGGUGCGAUGCCAGAAUCCAUCAUCCCUCACUCUCCAGUCUGAGGUUUUCUCAUCGUACAAAAACACGACAACCUUGAAGGGAUUAAUUGGGAUUGCCCCAUGUAGUGCUGUGACUUUUGUGUCAAGUCUCUUCACCGGCUCCAUCUCUGACCGAGAGCUGACUGAACAAAGUGGACUGCUGGACUUACUGGAGCCAGGAGAUGGCUGCAUGGCAGACAAGGGUUUCACCAUCGAGAAGCUGCUAGCUGACCGUGGGGCAAUGCUGAUUAUACCACCCUUCAAGAUGACAGCGCAGUUCACCAAAGAGGAUGCUCUAAAAACACAAGCAAUCGCCCGACUUCGAAUCCUCGUGGAAAGAGCAAUACGCAGAGUCAAGGAAUAUCGCAUCUGGGAACACACUCUCCCUCUAACCUUGUCUGGGACAGUCAACCAGCUGUGGACCGUCUGCUGUGUGAUGACCAACUUCCAGGGACCACUUGAUUUAAAAGGCUACAUCCCUGUUGAAUAGUGUUUCCCCCGAUCACAUGCAUUCAACUGUAUACUGAAUACAUUGUAUAUAUUGAAUGAGAUGUAUAUAAUGAAUGAGAAGUCAUUCAUCUAUAAUCAAUUGUAAAGGUCAGUCCAUCCUGAAAGUAUUCAAAUAAUGUA